CUGAUAGGUGGCAUUGAUUGGCAUUGAUAGGUGGCACUGACUGGCACUGAUGGGUGACAUUGAAAGGCAGCUCAGAUGGGCACUGAUAUGUGGCAUUGAUGUGCACUGGUAUGUGGCAUUGAUGUGGCACUGAUGGGCACUGGCACGUGGCACUGACUGCUGGCACUGAUGGACACUGACAGGUGGCACUUCUGGGGCCACACUGAUCAUCAGGGCACACUGAUCAUCAGUGCCCUGAUGAUCAGUACUGAUUGUACUGUUUUGUAUAAAUAUGUG